GGGAGGGCGCGCGGUGGGGUCUUCCCGGGCAGAGCGGCUGCUGCCCUGCUGGACCGAGCGCCUGCUUUUGCGCCCGGAGUCAAGGCCGGUGCGAACGAGCUGGCCGGAAGUGGGGCGGUGCCUGGGCUGCGGGCUGCGGGCUGCUGGCGGGCGCCUGGGGAGAGCCCGUCUGAGCAGAAAGGGUCUCUGACUCUGGCGAGGCAGCGAGCGAAAACCUAGAGGUUCGUCACUGCCUGGGAAGCGGCUGUCGAGGACGCCCCGUUCCGCACCCCACGCGCUGUCCUUGCACGCGGAGAGGGGCGCUGCCGCCCUGCGGGUAGUGUCACAGCCCCUUUGCGUGCCGCACAUGUUGCCCAAUGCUUCGUGACCAGAGUCCCAGCUCCAGGCAGCUGCACUUUGGACUUACUCCUUGGGCUGAUCAAGGAAGAGAUAGCAGGAUGUCUGCAUUGGGGGCUGCAGCUCCAUACCUGCAUCAUCCAGCUGACAGUCACAUUGGCCAGGCCAGUUUCUUGGGGCCCCAGCUGCCUCCAGAAGUAGCAGCAAUGACCCGGAUCAUGGAGGACCUGGACAGAAUCACAUUCAAAAGGUUGCUGAAGCUUGUAGUCAGCAGCCUACAGGGGGAGGACUGCCGAGAAGCCAUACAGCACCUUAGUGCCAGUGCCAGCUUUCCGGAGGAACGGUUGAGUCUUCUACUUGCAGGCACAUACACAAUACUCCAGCAGGCCCUCCGGUUGCCCCCUACUAGCCUGAAGGUAGACAUCUUCAAAGACCAGCUCCAGGAGCUUGGCAUUCCCUCAGACCUGGUUGGAGACUUGGCCAGUGUGGUAUUUGGGGGACAGCGGCCCCUUCUGGACUCUGUGGCCCAGCAGCAAGGGGCCUGGCUACCCCACAUUUCCAGUUUCCGGUGGAGGGUAGAUGUAGCAAUCUCCACUAGUGCCUUGGCCCGUUCCCUACAGCCAAGUGUGCUGAUACAGCUGAAGCUAUCGGAUGGAUCCGCCUACCGCUUGGAGGUCCCCACAGCCAAGUUCCAGGAACUUCGGUAUAGUGUGGCCCUGGUCCUGAAAGAAGUGGUAGAGCUGGAAAAGAAGUGUGAUCGCAAACUGCAGGACUGAACCCUCAUGUGGCAGGCAUUCUAACUGGUGCCCCACCACCUAUGUAGGGGGGUCCUAAUUGAGGGUCUCGAUUGUAAGCAUGUGACUUUUGUUUUCUCCCAGUGUUGAAAUAAAUUUUAUUUAGCAUGUUUUUCCUAAUUGUUA